CUGGAGCUAGAGCCAGGGAGAUUAUCAUGUCAAGAGUAAUCCGACUCGGCCCACAAGCACAACUAUGGAGGAGGAGGAGCAACAGUUGAGGGGGGGAGGCAGGCAGAGGCAUCAGAGAAGCUCUCUGCUCCACUUACGGUAACCACGCUCUCCCUCCCCACCCUAACCCAUCUUCUCGACCUACCGAGUUCCCCUGCCUGGAACUAAAGAGAAGACCUGCUCCUGAAAGAAGGCUCAAGUUUGUGUGAAAAAGGGGACCAAAAGUUCUUUAUGGAGAAGGAUGAUGACAGUAGUUUUCUGAAGUGAAGCAGAUGUCAAGUCCUCGGCUUCUCUAAACACCGGUCUAUCCUCUUGAAUGGAUCAAUCUGCCAUGAAGCCAUGAAGCCCAUGCUUAUAUUUGGAGGAAUGUUGAUUUUGAUCUUUGCAACCUAAAAGAGUUCUAUGGAAGUGCAAAUAUGAUAAAAGAAUAAUACAGCCUGGACCUGAAUCAAGUCAGGACACCUCCCGUACUUGCAGGCACAGGGAGUUGAGAUGCUUUUCAGGGGAACAAGCAGGCAUCCUGCCCUCGCGCCUCGCCUGUGAUGAUGAUGGACUUACCUAGCCAGCACUUGCCUGUGGAGGUCAGCUGAAGACGACGCCACGCAGCUAAGUCUGGAUUAGCCGGCCGAACGAGUUUCAAUGCUCCUCCACGUUCUAAGAUGAAGUUAUGGAAAGGUGCUACUUUUGCCUUCAUGCUCUGUGGUGCAGCCCUGUCCAUCCUCCUCGUUAGAAACAUGGCCACUAUCGGACAGCUCAAACCUAAGACGAAAUAUCCACACACAUCUUCGUCCUCAUCAAGUCCGUCGUCAUUGUCAGAAUCAACACCGAGAACCUCACCCCCAUCACCCUCAUCACCCUUAUCAUCAUCAUCAUCAUCAUCCUUAAUGUCAUCCUCAGCAGAAUCGGCAGCGCUGUCCUGGCAGACGGGUGGUCCUCAUCGGAGAAUCCGCUCAGCAGACGACAUGAACUCUCUCCUCUCAGAGUUUUCCAUGAUGUUCCAGAGCUUCACUGAGGGCGAGCUUCAGCAUGUGGUCGGGACCCUGCUAGACAGGAAGAGAAGGAAGAGCCGACGCCUGGGCGAGAGCCAGGUCCGAAGGACUAAAAGAGCCCGGAGGCCAAAGCCCUGCUCUCUGAGGGAGCUGGAACUGACCGUGAGUGAACUGGGUCUCGGCUACGAGAGCGACGAGACAGUGCUGCUGCGCUACUGCAGUGGCAAAUGCACGGCCCACCGGCGCAACUACGACAUCACCAUGGAGCACAUGAUGAAGACAGGCUUCAGGAAGAAGGGCCGCAAGGACAAGGUCAGCAACGGGCCCUGCUGCCGGCCAACCGCAUUUGAAAAAGACUUUUCCUUCCUGGACAAUAAGAGCCGCUAUCACACGAUACAGAAUGUGUCAGCAAAGAACUGUGGGUGUGUAUGACCCCAGAGAAAUGGACUUAUUAAUUCUUCAUGCUGCUCUCAGCCUCUGCUGGAAGAGUUGAACGAGGAUGCUGUUAAAAGAUAAACAAAGAAAACUAUGGAAUAUAAUCUCAAGGAGAGGAGGACAGAAUGGGAAUAUGUUUAUGGCUGCGCCACAGCGGCUUGGGACCAAAUCACAUGGACAGCAUGUGCUGUGUUUGUGUGGAUUCCAUGUAAAAAGACAGAAAAUGACUGUUGAUAACAAACAUUUUUAUUAUCUUUUCUAUCUGUGUAGUAACACUGUAAACUGUGGUGUAACAACAAUGUAGCAACAUUAUGUUUGUGAUAUUACAUUUGAGUAGUAGUACAUGCAAUAGACUCAUGAUAAUGGUGAGCUAUGGUGGACUAGAUUAUUGCUGUUACUACACUUCAUAUACAUGGGCGUUAAAUAAGUCCAAAUCUUGUAGUUUACAUAAUUAUAAUGGUGACAGUAAAUCACCUUUCAGGCAAAAAGAAGUGCUCAAAAGCCAAUUUCAAAGCCAUAAAUAACACAAACUAACCCAGAUAAAAAUAUAUUUAAUGCACCAAUGUUUACUUCAAGUUCUGUGCAGGACAGUUUGGACUAUUGACCUAAUUAUCGUCCUGCAAUGAGCUGUCUCCAGAGAGUAUAUUGACUUAAGGGUGUGUUGAAUUGUUAACACAGGGAAUGACUUUGUGACCUAUUUGUACUCAUUACUGUUACUGAUUGCAGUGUUAUUACACAGGUAAAAGAAGUGUUAUUGAUAAGAAUUUGACCAUGAAAAAAAAUCCUUUUCUAUAGCUCCAGGUUUGAUACCCACCUUUAAUAAGUGUUUUGUAUAUUGAUGUUGUGUAGUUUAAUGACGAGGACCUGCUUCAAAACACAUAAACACAAUCUCACUUUAGUAAUAGGACAAUAUGAAAAUUUCUCCCAUCUGUUCUCCAUUGAAUAGCUCAAUUUUUAAGAAAAAAAAAUACUUCUUCCAAAUAUCAUAUUAUUGUAAUUACCCAUAAUCCUCUGGAAUUAUUUUCCUCAAAGAAUUGCCAAAACACACCAAGUCAAUUCAACACACAUGAUGAAUUCACAAACUUAGAUUAAUAAACAUCACAUGUCUCAAAUUGCAGGUGAUAUAACCUCUUUAAUAUCGUCUCUGGAUGUAAUUUGUGGACAUUUACACACAGAGUUUUUAGCUAAUCUGAGGCUAAAGUGUGAAAGAGAAGAAUGGUUUUAAUGAUGAGUAGUGGCAUGUUUUUUUUUUAUCGCUGACAGAAAACUAAUUAUGAAGUAGAGACGUGAUCUGGAAGUGUUUCCACCCAUCCAUUAAACCCUGUAACUUGCUAUGAUCCAAAGCCCACAGUACAGCCUUGUAUUGGCCCAUCAAAUGCCUCCUUGUUGGAUUGCCUGGUAGACUUUUAGGGGAAAAAUAAGCUGUUGAAAUGAAUUAUGAAGCAUCUUUUUCAACUCUGACAAUCUUUAUUUGGUUUGAACCCACUGCAACUGUUUACGUGAAGUACAAUAAAUUAUGUUUUUGUUUUUUCUUUUUUUUCAGAAGAGGUGCAGUGCAGGGCGCGGAUGCGGUGCAUCUUUAUUGUAGUUUAUAUUGUAUUUAUUUGGGAAGUAAAUUAUGGUUUUGCAUAUUUAUUUAGAUUACCACACAGGAACGGGACAGCUUAUUAUCAUUAAGCAACUGUGCCAAAAAAUGUUUUAUCUAACAUUCUAUAUUGACUGCUGAAUAAACAUAAUUUCAGAGGUAUGGGUGUUCAUCAUUUCUCUCAAACUAUUCAUCUUUGGG